AUGGUCUUUGCUGGCUGCCGCACACCCGAUUUAAAAACGAUCAAAACUCUACACAAUAUUCUCAAUGCCUGUGAUUCAUUAGCCUUGGAUAUCAACUUUAAGGCGAUCACCGCUGACGUCGUUGCAGACUUGCCGCUCCAGCUAGUUUUUGCGGACAUUCCGACCAACCACCCGGUCACCAACCGCCGAUCAAUUGGACUGGUUUGCGGGUUAUACACGGCUUCACAUUGGAUCCUCAUACCGGCAACAUCGAAUCUCGUCCGCCCUACCCUUCUGACAGGAAUUGCCAUCGACGAGUUGGCCAACCAAUUGUAUUGCCAAACCCAUUUGUUGUGA